AGAUCUCGUUUCUAGAGGCUGUUUAUAUUGGUCUUCUCGGCUCUUGAGAGUGAGAUAUUGUCAGGAUUUCUCGAAGUGUUUGUUUCAUUUAGCUCCGAAGUCUUCUGCGUCUUUUUUUUAACAGCAAGCGGUUUUGUUUUCUUUCAUCAAAGAUAAUUUCUUAAACAUUUAUCUAGCACGUUAUCCUUAUUUAGCAUUACGAUUGUAGUUUCAGUAAAACAAGGUGUAGUAAUAAUGAUGCCCUCAGUCAGGGUGCUCUUGUGGUUUUAUUGCGCUCUCCUCGUUAUUAAUAGUUUUUCAUUGUUUGCUUACGCGAAAGAUCAUUCUGAAAAUGAUGAAUGGGUCGAUCCAUUCGACAUGCUGAACUAUGAUUCAUCAACAAAAACCAUGAGGAAGCCUCCAGAGGCCUCCAGCUACAGUAAUGUACCGACUAAACGAAGGGAAUACAGUCCAGAGGCUCGGUGUCCAGAUAUGAAGGCGUGCACUGACAAAGUGAACAUGCUGCAGCAAGAGAUUGAAGAACACAGAAGGAAGGUGACAUUUUCCCCACAACAGCCAACAUGUUAUCCUGUGUUCAAGCGCUUCCUCUCAAAGCUACUAAAGGAAAUGAAGAAACUUGAAUUGCCCACUGCUCAGACUGCUGAAAUGCACUAUGAUGCUGAGGUGAAACUUACCGGUCAAAUGGUGUCAGAAAUCCAGAAAAUUGUGAAUGAUGACAGUAGCUGGAGAACUGGGGCUCUGGAUGAAGCUCUUAGUCAAAUACUUAUCAAUUUUAAACGUCAUGACUAUGAGGCCUGGGUGUGGCACUUUGAGGACACAUUUGGUGUGGAGCUCAACACCCUUAUAAAGGUCUCUGUAGUUGUCCUCAUCAUUGUGACCAUAAUCUGCACUGAGAUGUGGUCACUGGUGUCCUGGUUUGUCCAGUUUAAGAGAAUGUUUGCCUUAUGCUUCAUCAUCAGUCUUGUGUGGAACUGGUUCUACCUUUAUCAGACUGCCUUUGCUGAACACCAAGCCAAUCUUAUAAAAAUAUGGAACCUUGAAGAUCGAUGCACCGGAGUGAAGAAAAUUGACUGGAUGGAUAACCUCAAAGAAUGGUUUCGGACCACGUUGACUCUUCAGGAUGAUCCUUGUAAGCAGUAUUACGAAGCCGUGCUUGUGAAUCCACUCCUGCUAGUGCCUCCAAUGAAGGCCUUCACUAUUACCAUCACAAGCCUUAUUACAGACCCCAUGAAGCUCUUGGGACAAGGCAUUGGCGAGUUUCUUAGGGCUUUAUUGAAAGACCUACCUGUUACACUCCAGAUACCCGUGCUCAUUCUAAUUGCGCUCUCCAUCCUGGCAUUCUUUUAUAGCAGUGGCCAAGCAGCAGUACACCAUGCUGUUCUUAGGCCUCUGCGAGGUAACCGUCAGGAUCCUCCACCCGGCAUUGCACAGCAGCCUGCUGUUCUUCCCUUGCAGGAGCCAGAGAGGCACAGAGAAGUAGAAAAGGACUUGUUAGCUGAACAAGCUGCACUACCCAGACACUGUGUAGGACAAGAGGGCAACCAUGUCAACCACAUGGGUAAUCAAGGGGGAAAAAGAUCUGAAAUUCGCCAGAGGAGACCCAGCAGACAGAGGCAAGAGCAGCAAAGGGAGUAUGUGGAAACCCUGCGGAAUACAGACAGUCUUUACAGUGGGAACGAAGCAGACACCUGGGAGGGAGCAGCUGCUGAGGACAGGGAUCAGCAUGCAGAGGAAGAACUUCACACAUUCAGUAAUGAGCAAAUGGAGGAAAAUGGGGCAUCUGCAAUUCCUGUAGAGAAGAAACUCAAUCCUAGUGCUGAAACAGACAGUAAAGAUAACAGAACAUCGGGAAAUACUGAAAGAAAUGAGGUAAGAGAUUCAGCACGCAGAGAUGCAUCUAAGAAUGAAAACUGUAUUGAAAAUAUUGGCACUCGAGUUCAGGAUACAAUGCCGUGUGCCCCCUGAAAUGUCCUUUUCUUAAUUAAUCAUUGUACACUUUUUUUAAUCAUUGUACACUUUUUUAAUUAUUGUACACUUUUUUUUGUAAAUAAAUUCAAAUUAUUUCUAAAU